GGCGGUGCUUCUGCGGUGACGUCAGAGCAGGCAGGACCACAGACAGGCUGAGCACAUAGUGAACGGCGCCAUGCAUUACCGUCGUACCGACAGCUAACCAGCAGAAAUGCCUCCCGAAGACCUCGACCCAGCGCGGACUGCUCGGACCCGGGUUUCUCUCGUCGCGUGGGGUCUCUGACUCAAGAUGUGAUGAAGGAGAAGGAGAGGAAACAUGGCGGAGUUCUGAGUUUUCCGUCUCGCGCGGUGUAGCGUGGCAGAUCGUUUCCAAAGUUAGCAGGGCGCGUGUGAAGGAUCGGACUUAAAGGGGCAGCGCACCUCAAACAUGGACCGGCACAGAGACCCGGACGGGCAGAGAGACCUGGACCAGCAGAGUGACCUGGAGCGGGAGAGAGAGCCGGACAGAGACUGGCAGAAAGAGGCGGACACGGACAGGCAGAGAGUCCUGGACACGGACAGGCAGAGAGACCUGGACAGGGACCGGCAGAGAGACCUGGACAGGGACCGGCAGUACUGUGAACUCUGUGGGAACAUGGAGAACCUGCUGAAGUGCGGGAGGUGCCGGAGCUCCUUCUACUGCAGUAAGGAGCACCAGAAGCAGCACUGGAAGAAGCACAAGCUCAUCUGUAAGGAGAAGGACAAGACCCCCAAACACAAGCCAGACCAGGCUGCCCUGUCCGGGGACGACCAGGCUCCAGACAGACCCCUAGACAAUCCCAGCUCCGACCAGGCUCCAGAGAGACCCCGAGAGAAGACCAGCUCGGAGCCGGUGGCGGACAGCGAGGCUUCACUGGACCCAGAAGCCGGGGAGAAACCAGGAGAGGAGGGGUCCAACGACCCUGCCACCCCUAACGGGCAGACCGGGUCCUCUCCCCAGAAACUGGCCACGGAGUGCAUCGUGCCCUGCAUGAACAAACACGGGAUCUGCGUGGUGGACAACUUCUUAGGGGCAGAGACCGGACUGGGGAUCCUGGAUAAUGUCAAAGCCCUGCACAAGACCGGCAAGUUCACGGACGGACAGCUGGUGAGCCAGAAAAGCGACUCCACUAAAGACAUCCGGGGGGACAAGAUCACGUGGAUCGAGGGGAGGGAGUCCGGCUGCGAGAAGAUCCGCUUCCUAAUGAGUCGCAUGGACGACCUGAUCAGACACUGUAACGGCAAACUGGGAAACUACACGAUAAACGGAAGGACUAAAGCGAUGGUGGCGUGUUACCCUGGAAAUGGGACAGGAUACGUACGCCAUGUGGAUAACCCCAACGGUGACGGCCGCUGUGUCACCUGCAUAUAUUACCUUAAUAAAGAUUGGACUGCCAAGGAACACGGAGGCCUUCUUCGAAUCUUCCCAGAAGGAAAGGCCCAGUUUGCUGACAUCGAGCCCAAAUUUGACCGUCUGCUGCUGUUCUGGUCGGACAGACGAAACCCUCAUGAGGUUCAGCCCGCCUUCGCCACCAGGUAUGCAAUCACGGUGUGGUAUUUUGACGCGGACGAGCGAGCCAGAGCGAAAGAAAAGUAUUUAACAGGUGCAGGAGAAAAAGGAGUAAAAGUUGAACUUGGUAAACCCUCUGACCCAAGCUAAUGGGACGCCUGCACCUCCUGACAAACCGCCAAUAAGUGCUCUGUCCUCCAGAAAGUGGCCUAUAGAGAGCAUGUGUGUGUUUUUACGCGGCGGAUCAGCAGACUUUUGCUCGAGUGGAUGGACGGUCCAGCGGAGAUGAAACAAACAUACGCAGUGAUUUUCAUUUUCAGCAAACAAGGGGGCGACCCAGCGGACGUUGAAUGUCAUGACAUUGUUCUGAAAGGGACUGUGUGGAUGUUUUCCUCCUCUCUUCUCUCUGGCGGAGGACGCUUUGGUUCCAGCGGACAUCCUCAGAGAGUCUCUUCACGGAGGACUGAAGCUCAGAGAGGAUCUACAUCUUUUGCAUUUUGUUUUUUGCAGUUAAUUCCUUCAAGGUACAGUGUUCUGCAUAUGCUUAGUGUGUUAUGCUUUUCACAUGGAAUCAGCUGUUCUAAGCUACUGUAUGGCAAAAUGUGCUUGAGUUUGCAAUAAUACGAGGAAUGAUUUGAAUUAAAAAACACCCCUUUUCUGACAGAAAGCC